GAGAAGGGAGGCGGCGGGCGAAGCGCGCGUCGAGCGGGGGAGCGGCGCUGCCUGUGGAGAUCCGCGGAGGCCGACCGGAUUCGUUGGCUGCCGUCCCCGCUGCCGUGCACUGGAGUGAAUAAUCUCAAUUGUUUUACCUUCAAGUUUGCUGAUUCUUUAUUCUCCCUUCUCAAAUCUGCUGUUAAAAACGACAACUAACGUCAACCAUGAAAGAUCCAAGUCGCAGCAGUACUAGCCCAAGCAUCAUCAAUGAAGAUGUGAUAAUUAACGGUCAUUCUCAUGAAGAUGACAAUCCAUUUGCAGAGUACAUGUGGAUGGAAAAUGAAGAGGAAUUCAACAGACAAAUAGAAGAGGAGUUAUGGGAAGAAGAAUUUAUUGAACGCUGUUUCCAAGAAAUGCUGGAAGAGGAAGAAGAACAUGAAUGGUUUAUUCCAGCUCGAGAUCUCCCACAAACUAUGGACCAAAUCCAAGACCAAUUUAAUGACCUUGUUAUCAGUGAUGGCUCUUCUCUGGAAGAUCUUGUGGUCAAGAGCAAUCUGAACCCAAAUGCAAAGGAGUUUGUUCCUGGGGUGAAGUACUAAAAUAUUUGAGUAGACAGGGCCCUCUUUUGGUGGAUGUAGCACAAUUUCCACACUGUGAAGGCAGUAUUAGAAGACUUAAUUGUAAAAGCUCUCUCUUGUCACUGUGUUACACUUAUGCAUUGCCAAAGUUUUGUUAGUCUUGCAUGCUUAAUAAAAGUGCUGAGACUGUUAUUAAGUAAAAAGCUGUCAAACAUUUACUGAAAAUAGAAUUGGCCCCAUGACUUGAUGUGAAGACAGCGAGGAAAGAAGCACCAGUCAAGUUGUGAUAAAGCACCACAUUAAAUGACCUCUAAAUCUUAGUGAAUUGUCUUUUUUAGACUAAACUGGUCCCUUAUGGUUAACUAACACUUGUUAAUGUCUAAACUUUUUUUAAAUGAGUAAAUUAAGUUUUAGUUGCUAAGCGGACUUCUCAGUUAAGACUUAAAUUUGCAUUUGUCCCAUCAAAAAGAAUCUCCUUUUUCUGAAGAAGGCUUGUUAGUUAAUUUGAAAUAAUUCAUUACAGACAAGUAUGUCUUUGGUUACUGAGGUUACAAGGUAGUGAUCAGAUGAGAACUAGUUCUGGCUUUUAUGGUAUGUUAUCAUGUAAGAAAUCUGAAUUCUCCUAAUGUUACAUCUGAGGAAGUAUGUGAUUUGUGAAUUGCAUCUUCUUCGAAGGAGUCACUAUUGUAGCUAUGCCUGAGUGAAGUCUAACAUUUGACCAACCCAUAAUCCAGUUGAACAAAGAAAUUGUGACAUAUGAUUUGAGUGGUGCUUUUCCUUGCUUUGUUAACCAUCACUACAAUAGUCUACAGCACAACUUUUCUUUUAACAAAGCUAGAACAGUUUUGGCUUCUUAAACUUCAUAUUUGGGUAGGUUAAGCUGCCAUACGUGUUCAGUGUGAAUAGUGUUUAAGUUGAAAAUAUUGUAAAAAAAUUAUAUUUUUUCAAAAAUAUUUAAAAAAAUAAAUAAUAGUAGAACUGA